UGUACUGAAAUACAGUCGUGUGUAAAAUUUACGGAAAACAAACAAGACAUAGCCAAAACAGAAGCCUCUCCCGUUAUAUAACUCUUUGUAAACACAACUCCCUACUUCACAAACAACUCUCUUCUCUUCAUUAAGAUCCAUGGGUUUCCCAGUCGGGUACACAGAAGUAUUCUUGCCAAAGCUCUUUGUACACACACUUUCCUUUCUGGGUUUCAUCAGAAACAUCAUUUUCUGCUUCUUUAAGUAUCUGGGUCUCUCUGAUUUUCUCGAAACAGAUGUCGUUUGGGAAGAUUCAACGUCAACUCGAAUUAUCGAAAGCCCGUCCGUAUCUGCUCUCCUGAUCCGAGAAAUCCUGCCUGUGAUCAAGUUCCAGGACCUGGUGGUCAACGGACAGCUGCCAGAAAAUUGUGCUGUGUGUUUGUACGAGUUUGAAGACGGAGAAGAGAUCAGGUGGUUGAGGAACUGUAAGCACAUUUUUCACAGGGCUUGUUUGGACCCUUGGAUGGACCACGAUCAGAAAACUUGUCCUCUUUGUAGGACACCGUUCGUGCCUGAUGAGAUGCAAGAAGAGUUUAAUCAACGGCUCUGGGCUGCUUCGGGGGUUGGUGAUCUUUACAGUGAGUACAGCUCGAUUCCAGGGUUUUAAUCGGUGAAGUAUUUUUGUACGUUGAGUUGUAUAUAUACAUGAAAAAAAUGAAAAUUUGGUACGUAAUGAUACAUAAAAAGAAAAUUAAUAAAAAAGAAACUUCUGUUA